GAAACUACAACUCCCACCACCACCGUGCAAACCCUUGCCUCCAUCCAGUGGGUGUUGCUGCAAUGGUGGUGUCGAUGGGACAUUGAAUGACUUUGGCUCAAUCACGAAAAUAACUGGGUUUAUUCACUUUCACAGCAUUGACGCGAGCAUGGAGGCUCUUAUCCCGGUCAUAAACAAGCUCCAGGAUGUGUUCAACACUGUGGGUGCGGAUAUCAUUCAGCUGCCGCAGAUAGCGGUAGUCGGCACUCAGAGUAGUGGAAAGAGUUCUGUGCUGGAGAGCCUGGUGGGCAGGGACCUGCUGCCCCGUGGGACUGGCAUUGUAACUAGGCGACCUCUCAUCCUCCAGCUGGUGCAUGUUGAUCCAGGUGACGCCAGGAAGAACGAUGACGUUGGUAGAGAAGGUGAAGAAUGGGGCAAGUUUCUUCACACGAAAAACCAGAUCUUCACAGAUUUCGAUGAAAUCAGGCAAGAGAUUGAAACAGAGACCGAGCGAAUAUCAGGAAAUAAUAAGGGGAUUAGCGAGGAGCCCAUUCAUCUGAAGAUAUUUUCUCCUCACGUUGUCAACCUCACACUGGUGGAUCUGCCAGGAAUCACCAAGGUGCCCGUCGGGGAUCAGCCAAAGGACAUUGAGGUGCAGAUAAGAGAUCUAAUCCUGAAGCACAUCUCCAACCCCAACUGUAUCAUCCUGGCUGUCACGGCUGCAAACACAGACAUGGCCACUUCGGAGGCUCUGAAGGUGGCUAGAGAAGUGGACCCUGAUGGCAGGAGGACGCUGGCCGUGGUGACCAAGCUGGACCUGAUGGACGCUGGUACUGAUGCCAUGGAUGUGCUCAUGGGCCGAGUCAUACCGGUCAAACUGGGCCUCAUCGGAGUCGUCAACAGGAGCCAGCUGGACAUCAACAACAAGAAGCCCGUGGCCGAUGCCAUUCGAGACGAAUACGCUUUCCUGCAGAAGAAAUAUCCGUCCCUCGCCAACAGAAAUGGAACCAAAUACCUGGCCAGGACCCUAAACAGGUUACUGAUGCAUCACAUCCGAGACUGUCUCCCCGAGCUGAAGACACGGAUCAAUGUCCUGGCAGCGCAGUAUCAGUCCCUGCUCAGCAGCUAUGGAGAACCCGUCGAAGACCAAAGUGCCACCUUGCUCCAGCUCAUCACCAAGUUUGCCACCGAGUACUGCAACACCAUCGAGGGCACGGCCAAAUACAUCGAGACAGCAGAGCUGUGCGGCGGAGCCAGAAUUUGUUACAUAUUCCACGAGACUUUUGGCAGAACACUGGAGUCUGUGGAUCCUCUGGGAGGACUCAGCACCAUAGAUAUCCUAACAGCCAUAAGGAACGCAACAGGCCCACGUCCGUCACUCUUUGUGCCUGAGGUUUCCUUCGAGCUGCUGGUGAAGAAGCAGGUGAAACGCCUGGAGGAGCCCAGCUUGCGCUGCGUGGAGCUCGUCCACGAGGAGAUGCAGAGGAUCAUCCAACACUGCAGCAACUACAGCACGCAGGAGCUACAGAGGUUCCCUAAGCUGCACGAGGCCAUCGUUGAAGUGGUCACCUCCCUGCUCAGGAAGAGACUGCCUGUCACCAAUGAAAUGGUCCACAACUUGGUUGCAAUUGAGCUGGCCUACAUCAACACCAAACACCCGGACUUUGCAGAUGCCUGUGGGGUCUUGAAUAACAACAUCGAGGAGCAAAGGAGGAACAGGAUGAGAGAGCUGCCCGCUGCAGUGCCCAGAGACAAGUCUGUUGGUAAAGGCCCGGCUGGUUCAACUGUCUCUGGCGAGCCCGCUGCAUCUGGAGCAGACAUGGACGGUGCCAAGGCUGCAGCAGCAGCAGGAGCUCAGGGCGACCAGGAAGGCACGGGCAACUGGAGAGGGAUGCUGAAGAAAGGAGAGGAAGCCCCAGGCUCUGGACCUGGAAGCCCCCUCAAAGGAGCCGUCAACCUCCUUGAUGUGCCUGUGCCAGUCGCCAGGAAGCUGUCGUCACGUGAGCAGCGGGACUGUGAGGUCAUCGAGCGCCUCAUCAAGUCUUACUUCCUCAUCGUGCGCAAGAACAUUCAGGACAGUGUGCCAAAGGCAGUGAUGCACUUCCUGGUCAACCAUGUGAAGGACAGCCUCCAGAGUGAGCUUGUUGGUCAGCUUUAUAAAUCUGGCCUCCUCAAUGAUCUGCUGACUGAGUCGGAGGAUAUGGCCCAGCGGCGCAAGGAGGCGGCGGACAUGCUACAGGCGUUGCAGAAAGCCAGCCAAGUGAUCGCUGAGAUCCGGGAAACUCAUCUGUGGUGAAGAAUCAACAAAGGGAGCUGAACCCGAGCCAUUAUCUCCUCGCCAUGCACUCAUGUCUGAACUUGAAGUUUACAAUUUGCAACCUCGAUAAAAAUGCACUGUUCUGAUCCCUGCUCGGAUGUAAUUUCAAGUAUCAGUGUGUACCUGAAAGAAAUGAAGGUUAAUUGAAGUUGUUAAUUGAGAUUCAUUGUGUUAAAUUGAGUGAAUUAAGUUUGCGUUCCUGCUGUUAAAUAAGGCUCAUGGUAAGAUUUUAGAAACUAGUUGCCCCACACGGCUACAGGAGGAAUCAAGAGUGGAACUAAAGGCAAAGGGUGUUUCAGUUUUGACAGACUGUGGUUAACCAGUGUGAAAAUGGAUUUUAGUGUGAAGUGUAAAUGAGCAUUUUGAUGCCAUAUUGGCAGCAAAGCAUUCUGAAAAACAUUGUUCUAGGGUAAUAUAAGUGAAGAAUAUUAUUCAGUCCCUCAUCUGCUGUUUUUUCAUGUAGGAGUAGUUGUCAGAAAUCAUGGAACCUUACAUAUCAUAGUGUUACAAUACAGCAGGGAUUGGUUCACCAAAUUUAUAUACUUUGCUCCUGACUUAUAGCAGAUAUUGGUCCCAUAACCUGUGUACAUACUUUAUUCUUUGCACUGUUGUCACACUGAAUUGUAUAGAGAGGCCAUCAUCCCGACACUGUACUGCUAAAACUGUAUUUAUUGAUGUUAUUUAAGUGUGUGGAUAUUAUAAGCAACCUCAGUAUACCAUUUGGUUGACUAUUUAUGUUUACAUGUGAAAUCUGCUGUGCACUGUGGUUCGAUUUAGAUGGUUCCCAAAAGAAUAAAUUGAAGUAUUUUAUCGCCA